UAUCAAGAUACUCACACUUUGUGAGGGGAUUUCAAGUUUUGAAGGUUAAUAGAGAACAGUUGCCAUAAACCGUGGUAGCUAAUUAGAAACACAUACCAGCACUAUGAUUUGAUGGUGGUGUAUAUCUUUUUUUUUUUUUUUUUGUCAAGGGUGGUGUAUAUCUAGGAUGCAUGGACACGUCACUCAGGAUUGUUGGUGUUUGAUUUGGACACUCCAGGGGAGAUAGGAAGAUGAAGAAGUAGUAAUGGAGUUUUGUUAUAUAUUUGCAAAUACAUAACAAUGAUUAAAAUAUUCUACAAACGCAUGGUAGAGAGAGAAAAGAGGAGAGAGAUAGGAAAAGAAGGUAUGUAGGUGGACCUCUUUGGUCAGAUUGCCAUCACGUGACGGGGAUCACAUGCUAAUUCUGAAAGCUUGUAUAAUAUUAUUGGAUCUUCAGUGAUAUUAUUUAUGCAUAAAUUUAAUACCAUUAAAUACAUGUAUAGUACUACUAUAUGCAUAAAGUAUUAUUUAAUGUUCAGUGGUAUUAUUUGACAAUCCAAUGAUAAGAUACUACUCUAAAUUUCGGAAAUGUGCAUUACAUAUUUUCAUAAAUGCCCUUUAUUAUGCACUAGCAAAUGCAGUGUUAUACUCCCUUUAAAUUGCCUCAUAGGAAGAUACAUCUUGGACAUGCCACCUUGGCAUAUCGGUUUUUUUUUUUUUUGUUUUCGAAUUAUGAAACCCUGUUGUACUAUUCUUUUGGUUCUUUCAUUCAUUCUCAACGCUAGUCCACCACACCCAUUCUCAGUCCCUCACUUCUCUUAAACCCUCUCAUUCUGAUUGGCGCCGCACCUACCGGUGUUCUUACCAACGACCCUCUCACUGCUGCUGCCUCAAUAAAUCUUCCCUUCAUCUUCAUAUCUUCUUCUGUUUUGGAGGAGUUAUAAUUUCUAAAUUUCAAAUUCCAGGUUUUCAUAGUUUUAUUUAUUAUAAUUAGUCUCAUUAUUAUAUACUUCUAUUUAAUUGCUGCUGGAAAUUGUUUUUUUUUUUUUUUUUUUUUUAUGUAUAUAACUUUUGCCUUAAUUUGAUGAUUGUUAAUUUAAUGUAUAAACUGUAGCUUGAUUUUGAUUAUUUGGGGUUGAUUACUUGAUUAGUGAUGUAGUGAUUAUGAUUAUUCUGAAUAACCAAGUGACAUGUUAUUAUUUGAAACUAUGCUUUUUUUAAUGUUAUUUUAUAUUCUGAUUAACCAAGUGAUAUUUGAUUAUUUGUAAGUGUUUAGUUUCAUGAUUUUUAGGACUUAAACUAAAUCCUUUUAUUUGUGUAUGCGACGAUGCUCGUGGCACUUUGUUUACUUGUUUUAGAUUAAUGGUAAGAUUUGAUGUCAGUUAUUUAGUGUUUCAAAAAUUGGUUAUCAAUUUAUUUACUUUUUUGAUAUAUUGUAUGCAUUGUAAUUUGUCGUAUUCAUGUUCCUUUUUUUAUGAUUGACAUUUUUCGUGUCUGUUUGGUACAUGUAUCUAUUUCUUUACGAAAGCUCGUACAUCUUAGGUGUGUAUAUAAGCCUCACUUUCUUGUUGAAAUGAUGAUGUUGGUUUAGAUUAUGUUUUCUCAGUGACUUUGUUUCUUUAACUAUGGAUUGUUUGCCUGUUUCUAUGCUUUUGUGUUAAUAAGUUGUUUGAAUGAGUUUUAUGUUUUUGACUUUAUGAAAUACGGAGUAUAUCACAUGUUUCAUUGGUCAUAUAAAAUACUAGUCUUGUUAAAAUUAACACACUGUUGUGUAGUUUUAGUUGUAAAUAUUACUGCUUGUUACCUUCUAAUUGUUUUUCUUUGUAAUGCUCUAUUAUGAUGAACUCUAAAACCUUUCUUUUAUAAAGGUUAAGUUUGGAUUUAUUGGAGAAUUGAUUUCAUGGUAGAUUUCUCCCAGUUAAUUUCACUUUCUCUGAAGUCCUAUUAAGAACUAAUGUGAGACCUGCUAGAUCAUCCUAGAUUAGUGUCCCACACUAAUCACGUGCUUGUCACGUGGUGGCUUUAAAUGAGCCAUUUCCCACACUUUCCCUGCUCGGAUUUCCCUCUUUCUCUCUCCUCUCUCGAUUUACAGCAAUGGCGGAAAUUGGCAACUAUGACGUCACCUCUCGUCUUCCAUACAAGCUCAUGCUUUCCUGCCCAUCUGGUCUCCUUCCUUCUCAGGUGUCAGUGAUUUUUGACAAAUUGUAUGAUCGUAUCCCGCAUCCAGAUUUCGACCUUGAAAAAUCGAUUGAUCAGAUAUGGGAUCAAAGAGCUCAACAAAAUUCGUCAUUGUAUAAUGGGAAGAAGUUCAGAUAUGGUGGACAUGCCUUUCAUAGUACUGGUGGUGUUGAUUGUAAGAGCAAUUGUUACUUGAACUUGCACCUUGGUUUGACAGAUUACAGGACUUUCAUGGGAACAAACCUAAAUCCAUUAUGGGAAAAGUUUCUAGUUCAAUCAGAAGAUGAAACUAUACGAUGUCAACACACUUCAAAUCCACUAGGUAAUGGUGGAAUUGUAGAGACUUCUGAUGGAAAGAUUCUUGUGCUGAAACGAAGUAAUAAUGUGGGGGAAUUUCCCGGUCAUUUUGUUUUCCCUGGUGGUCAUCCAGAGCCCGAAGAGGUUGGAAUUAUAUCUCAUGACAAUUUGGAUCCUGAAUCCUUGAGUAGAAGAGUUUCUAUGGAGAUGUUUGAUAGUAUUGUUCGUGAAGUAGUAGAAGAAACUGGAGUGCCAGCCAUAUCUUUGUCCAACCCAGUUUUCAUUGGUAUAUCAAGAAGGGAACUGAAUGUGCGACCUACUGCUUUCUUUUUUAUGAAGUGCUCACUUCAGUCAAAAGAUAUUGAGAAGUUAUACAGUUCAGCUCAAGAUGGCUUUGAGUCCACUCAACUUUGUACAAUUUCAAAGGAUGAAUUGGAAAGCGUAGCAUGGAAGAUGCCUGGUUGUCAUCAUGGCGGAUUAGCUCUCUACAAGUUGAUGGAGGAUGCAAAACAAAACUGAGACUAAAUCAAACUCAAUAAAACACCAGUGAUACCCUCAAAUUCAUGUAGUUUUUGUAAAGCUUAUGUGAGCUUUAUUCUAGGCAUUGAUUUGAAGACUUUAUUUUAUGUGGCAACGGUAUUAUCUUCGACCUAACUAAUUGUUUGUAUUACUAGCAUGGUAGUGUUUUAGAUUUGAUGACGUUUCCAAAUAAGUGAUUAUGUAUAUAAGAGCAACCAAAUCUCUCA